GGGGCGGGAGGCGGAGGCGCCGCAGAAACGCCGCGUAGGCCGGUGGAGGCCGGGCGGGCUGCGACUGCGAGCUCCAUGCGCCGCCACCUUCCCGGACGAUGUUCCCCUCUCGGAGGAAAGCGGCGCAGCUGCCCUGGGAGGACGGCAGGUCCAGGUUGCUUCCCAGCGGCCUCCCCCGGAAAUGCUCUGUCUUCCACCUCUUUGUGGCCUGCCUCUUACUGGGCUUCCUCUCCUUGCUCUGGCUGCAGCUCAGCUGCUCUGGUGAUGUGGCCCAGGCAGCCCGGGGACAAGGGCAGGAGACCCCGGGCCCACCCCGGGCCUGCCCCCCAGAGCCGCCUCCAGAGCACUGGGAAGAAGACGUGUCCUGGGGGCCACACCGUCUGGCAGUGCUGGUGCCCUUCCGUGAACGCUUCGAGGAGCUCCUGGUCUUCGUGCCCCACAUGCACCGCUUCCUGAGCAGGAAGAAGAUCCAGCACCACAUCUAUGUGCUCAACCAGGUGGACCAUUUCAGGUUUAACCGGGCGGCGCUCAUCAACGUGGGCUUCCUGGAGAGCGGCAACAGCACAGACUACAUUGCCAUGCACGAUGUGGACCUGCUCCCGCUCAAUGAGGAGCUGGACUAUGGCUUCCCUGAGGCCGGACCCUUCCACGUGGCCUCCCCAGAGCUCCACCCGCUCUACCACUACAAGACUUAUGUCGGCGGUAUCCUGCUGCUCUCCAAGCAGCACUACCAGCUGUGCAACGGGAUGUCAAACCGCUUCUGGGGCUGGGGCCGUGAGGACGACGAGUUCUACCGACGCGUAAAAGGAGCUGGGCUCCAGCUCUUCCGCCCUUCGGGAAUCACAACUGGGUACAAGACUUUCCACCACCUGCAUGACCCAGCCUGGAGGAAGAGGGACCAGAAGCGCAUUGCGGCUCAAAAACAGGAGCAGUUCAAGGUGGACCGGGAGGGAGGCCUGAGCACCGUCAAGUACCGUGUGGAUUCCCGCACAGCCCUGACUGUGGGUGGUGCCCCCUGCACUGUUCUCAACAUCAUGUUGGACUGUGACAAGGCUGCCACACCCUGGUGCACAUUUGGCUGAGUUGUCUAGAUGGGAAGAAAGCCUGUGUCAUUGGGCCCAGGACAAAACCUCAGCCCGGGCCCAGCUCCCAUAGGAGGUGGAGUGGCCUGAAGCAACAGAUGGCGAGCCACAAGUUUGCAGCAGCCCUGCCUGAGGAAAGCUUGAGCCAGGACAGGACACACACGGUGUCUGGGAUGCUGCCAGCGACUGGAGAGAAGCUAGGGUGCCUCCCAAGUAGGAUUGCCUGCCUUGCCUGCCUGCUUGCCCAGUUCUGCCCUCUCCUUCACACACUGAGACCUGAGGGCGAUGGGGAGGGGUCCUUGGGGCCAGAGUGGUGGAACAGGACAGCCUCUAGUCAACCUAGCUUUUGUUCCUUCCCUGCUGGCCCAUCUGUGCAGCAUAGAAGCCAAGCAGCUGAUGUAGGUGGGUCUGGACAACAGGGAGGGUUAGUAUUCCUGAACCAGAGUGCAAGCCCUAUAUAACAGGAACAGCUGACACUCAGCUCUAGCCCAUCAUGCGGGCAUGUGGGCCUGGUGUGGCCAGGUCUUCUGAUUUUUCAAAAGAAACUAGAAUUCUGGAUUCUUAAGUGAAAUCUGAUUUGUGAACGAUCGCAGCUAAUUGAAACUUUUCAAAAAGUUUGGCAGGCCAAA